AUGGCUCCGAGCCUCGCCUGCUUGACGGGUGGUGAUGAGUACCUCAUUGGUACCUACAUUCCACUCAUGCAAAGCAGCGGCCAUGACCUAUUUUUCUUUAAUCUGAGCAAGAUAGCAUAUACGCGCUUCCGGAACAGGGACCGAUCCAACAGAUCAGGGCGUGGUCAAAUAGAACAUAAUGUGUUAGAAGGACUUCCCAUCAGUCAAUACCGGGAAGCAGAAAUUACUAUUGAACCAAAUUCGGCCGAUAACAAACCUUUGGAUAAGGAUGCUUGGCCUGAACUACCCAUGCCUCGAGACUCUCACAUGUUGCCUGAGCAUUCUCAACAGUUACUGCGAGCAGCACGAUCUGGGAAGUUAUAUAAGCCACCCGCACCUCCAGAAGACGACAACGAGAUGAAGGAUGAAGAAGAAGAGACCAAAGAAAUUCGUACAGGAUUCACUAUCAAGAAGUACGUCAAAGUCGCACGACAUCUAGAAGUCCCGGAACCAGAAUAUCUUGCAAAGAGAAGGAAGGGUCUACCGUCACCCUACGUCAAUGGUCAGGUCGCACAACCUGCACUGCGAGAAACCAAAGUAAAGAAGCUCGAUGCCGAUGGCAAUGUGGCUGUUUACAAAGUGCUUGUACCAGAAGGUCAGGCUGUAGAAGGCGAAGUUCAACCCACAGACGCCGCGAUUGAAGUCGCACCAGCUACUGCGGCACCAGGCACCAUCGUCGAAGGAGUUGGUGUGGUGAACGCGGAGGGCGUGGUCGUAGCUAACGACAUUCUACAACAAACGCCACCUAGGCGAAGGCCACCACCUCCUAAGAAGAAGGUGAAGCGUGGAGGUCCGGGCAGAGGCAAGAAGAAGGUCGUCUUCGCCGAGGGUGGAGCAGAGCAAGGAACGCCAGCAUCACUUGCUGGUGGUGACUUGCUGGGUGUACCAGGCGUCAAACAAGAGGAUGGAUCAGUAGCACCUUCAGAUGGCGGAGAUACACCAAUGGCAGACGCCGGCGGCGAGGAAGAAGAGGCUUCUGGCGAGGAGGGCUCAGAAGACGAGGACCAAGACAUGGAACAUACCUCUAACCCAGCGACCCCUCAGGCAUCUUCUGUAGCUCCGACCAGCGCUCCAGCGAACGAGAUAUCUAGCUUCACAGAGGCUACUCCAGCAGAAAGCGCCGAGCUAGCUACCGAAGCACCACCGACUUCCAACGAGCCUUCCGAAGAUACCGCAACAAUCGAAAGGACCACACUCGAAGCCGUCCCGGCUGACACGACCGACACGAUUAUGCAAACGCCGAAGCGUGACCCUUCAAGUUCACCUGAUCUACCGCUCUCUGCCGUCUCCCAUAGUCGCCAGAACUCUAUGAACCAGAUCUCGACAUCUGAUACCACCACAGAAGCCUUCAUUCCUGGAGAUGCUCAGAAUGAAGUCCUAGCUCCAACCGUGGAAGAGAGCACGGCACCAGCACCGGUGGUGGCAUCUGAGCCUCAGCCCGAACCCGAACCCGAAUCUGUUCCUGCACCAGUACCCGAAGCUGAGCUCAAAGCUGAGCCCAAAGCUGAGCCUGAACCUGUGCAACAAACAUCAGUCGCUCCUCCCGCGCCACGUUCCGAGUCAGACCCUAUGGGAAGUCUUGAGCGACAGCUGGAGAAAGACAACGAGGAUAUGAGUGGGUCAUAG